AUGUCUCGGGUAAGAUCAUCAUCGUCUAUGAUGAGGAAGAGAGGAUGGCAGGCAGCCACCACCAUGUGUGAGUGGGGCUUCAAGAACCUGUUCAUGCUAUCUGGAGGUCAGUUCAGGAUGUACUGUGCUCAAGUGGAAGCUUUGGAAUCACUGCACUGUCACACUCACAUUGAAUGUUAUGUUAAACUCGCUGACUAUCCCUCCUACCUCUUUCUCACCCUCCCUCCCUCCCCUAGGCCUGAAGGUGAUAGCUCAGACGUUUCCUGAGGGGAUGACAACAGGCUCCAUCCCGGCGUCAUGCCUCCCGUCUCCCAGGGCGACAGCAGGCAGAAAGCGCUCCACCCCCAGACAGUUGUUCCUGCCAGCCGACAGGAGGUGGAGGUUCACCUCAGACGACCUGGCCAACAUCCAGACACACCUGGAGGAGGUGCUCAUUCCCUCAGACACCAACAGUAAGGCACAUUUCACAAGGCAAACAACUAACAGGCUAACAGCACAUACCAUUUAGACUCCAACAGUAAGGCUAUGCUAACAGGCUAACAGCAAAGAGUAGAUUGGCAAGCUCUGAGUAGAUGGAUAUAGAAAAGUUGAUAAAACUUUGGUGAAUGAGCCCUUCUGUUGCAUUGUGUAGUAACUAACAACCUACCAGUAGAUGGCAAUAACAAGUUACUUAUCAUUGAUGUGAGAUUGUGUGUGUUUUUCUCUUUCCCAGGCCGGUUCAGCAGCCGCAUGUCUACCAGCAGUGCCCACUCCAAAGCGUCCAGUGCUCGGAUGAGUCAACAGGCAUCCUCCCUGGCCGGUUCUGAAAGUGCCAGAUCCCAGAACAGCCGACCGUGGAAAUAACUCACCCCCCCAACUCCAAUAAAGUCUACUUAUUUCACUAC